AAACAUCAUCGAAAAGUGCACAGCUUCACGUUUUCACUCUGUUCUUCGUCCGCGUUUUCGCGGAAUCGUCAAAAUAACAAAAUGUUUUCCAAAUGGGCGAUAAAGUGUUAUUCAAGUAUUGCAUUGUGUGACAUUAUUUUAUCAUAAAAAAUAUAACUGUAUCAGAUUGUCGGAGUUCUCGUCAAAAUAACAAUAGACACAUGUAAUCAAAUCGUAGAUUAGGUAACACAAUUUUUCUAGGAGAUAAAAUGAUCCAUAUUGUGCUCCUAAUCCUGGUCUUGCUGACUGAAACCCACGCCGGUUGUCCCCUAAUAUGCAACUGCACCGAGAAUUCCAUAAACUGCGUCUCCAAAAACCUGGAGAAAGUCCCUUCUUUCGAAAGCCUGGAUAACAACCCCCUCAUAAUCGACUUAUCCGGAAACUCCAUAUCCCUCAUCGGCAUGGACCACUUCAGCUUCGAUAAAAGCGAGGAAGUCAAAGAAGUUUUCUUGAACAACUCGGGAGUUGUAGCAAUCGAAGAAGCGGCGUUCGAAGAACUCGAAAACUUGCAAGAACUUUACUUAAGCGACAAUUUGCUGAACGCAGUACCUGAAAAUUUCCUCAUACACAACGAGAACAUGGUUUUGCUGGAUUUGUCGACUAACUAUUUCACCGACAUGCCGAAAAUUAAGUCGAAGAGUUUGGAAGUCUUCACGAUUGCGAGUUCGGGGGUUUCGAACAUACCCAACGGCGCUUUGGACGGGUUACCGAAUCUGCGCAUACUUUUACUUUCGCAGAAUAAUCUGAAAACCAUCAAUCCUGUAAUCUUUGACCGCAUGAGCAAUCUUUUUUUUAUUAGCGUGGCGUUUAACCCGUGGGACUGUAACUGUAAGACAAUAAAGUUGUUUGAUUACUUGAUGGAGAAGAGGUUCGUUGAUUUGACGGAAACCGUUCAGUGUAGGAACGAAAAUAGGAUGUUCGUGGAUAUUUAUAGAGAAGAUGGGGUAGUGGCGGCGUUUAAGGACCAGUGUGAUAAUUUUGUUAUUAUGGCAGACAGCGAGGAACCGAAAGAAAUGGAAAUUUCGCUGAAAAAUCUGGAUGUUGGGGAUUCGGAAGUUCUGACUACUGCUACAAGCGAAAAAUUGUCUGAAGAACCCGCUCCUGAUAUAUAUUUCAGUGACUUUUCCUACAUUGUAAUUUUAGGGAUUUCAGUUUUCCUAAGUUUGCUCACGGGUGGAGUGUGCGGGAGUUACCUCACCUUCAGGUAUAUGAAACGAAACAUAACACCGACCGAAAGUACAAAAGAACUACUCUGCAGACUUGAAGACAAUGUUGUAAGAUACAGCUUCUGAUCAUAUUUCAGUGUUAUUUUUUGUGUAAAUAGUAUUUAUAUUCUCUUUUUUGGGACAAAUUAAAAAUUUAACUGUUUUAAGUUAUGUCUGAAAUCCACUACCUGGGCAGUUGCUAAUAAAACUAACUUUUCACUA